AUGUUUAAUUCAAAAGCUUUGGGUAUUUCAGCUGUUAUUUUUGACAGUGAGUCACAAGCGUGUAAGGCUGGGCUCUCAGGGGAAUCUGGCCCAAGACAUAUUAUUCAGUGUGUCAUUAGGCAUCCUAAGGAAGAAGUGUCAGUGUCAGAAGAGAGUCAGAAGGGAUGGUGUGUGGGAGAGGAAGCCCAGCACAGACCAGAGGUGUUGUCUUUGAAUUAUCCUGUUGAAAAUGACGUAGUUACGUUAUGGGAUGACAGGGAGAGGAUUUGGAUGCUCAUCUAUGAACAUGAAAUGGCAAAACAAGCAACUGAGAGGCCAGCGCUAAUGACUGAGAGCCCUCUGAGCCCUCUAGAGAACAGAGAAAAACUAAUACAGUUGCUAAGGUUCAGGGUGCCUGCCUUUUAUGUGUCUGCCCAAGCCAUCCUGUACACACUCUGUGCCUCGGGGCGCAUCACAGGCCUAGUCACAGACAGCAGGCAUAGCGUAACCCACCCGAUAGCAGUCUACAAAGGGUGCUGCUUACCCCAUGCAGUCUCGAGGCUGGACAUUGCAGGCAGAGACAUUACAGAGCUGCUCACAAUGCUAUUUUUGGAAACGGAACCUUCUUAUGCAAAAUUUAUGGAGAAAAACAGUUUUGUGGAAGAUGUCAAGGAUUGUGCAAUAUGGCUACAGGCGCGGAGCAGGAGCUGGCCAAGAAGCCAGAAAGCAUACAGGCCGCCCAGCAGAAGUGCUGUGAGGAUUGGCACUCUGCUCUUCCAAGUAUCUGAGGUCCCCUUUGAGCCACACAGAACCAGCAGCGAGGGACCUAGCCUUCCUAGGAUGUUUUCCCACAAUGUUAAAAAAUGGGAUGGCAGCGAUUGUAACGCUUCAUAUAGGAACAUGGCGCUGUCUGGACACUCAUCUCUUUUUAACAGAUUAGACAAGUGGAUUUUAAAGGCAUUAGAAUACCAGGUCCCCAAAGGUGUUCCUAUAAAGAUUAUAGCCCCUGAAGACAGACAAUUUUCUUCCUGGAUUGGUGUUUCCUGA